AUGGAGUCUCGCGAAGCUGCUCGACGCGAGUUUCUUACUCGACUAGAACUCUACCAGCACCAUCAAGACCCAAAUUCUGAGAUUGGUUUGUUCCGUGGAACAGUUGGUUACCUUCUUUCUCUUUUGCACCGAGCAGUCUCGAGUCUUGCUGGACUUCAUGCCGCCUACUACCAUGCCAGGUCUCAUAUCGAGAAGCUAGAGGAUUUGCUCGAGCGCAACGACAUUGUUUUCAACCGCUACCAUACUCCUCAUGCUGUGAUUCGCCGUGCCAUGAUGGACUAUGACCUUGAUCAUGCGAUUCUCAAUGCCGAAGCUACAAUCCAUAACGAGACAGAGCUUCUUGAACACGCCGAUGAAGUAGUGGGCUAUAAUAAUGAGAUCGAGAAUAUUUCAAAGGAUGAGUUUGUCCUCGGUGGGCAGGGAGAGGUGAUAGAGGCUGAAUUGAUGUAG